AUGUAAAUUAGAUAUCCUAUCGAAGUGAUAAAAAAAAAGAUUGCCACGAGAAUAGAAUACAAAAUUAGGUGGAACACGGGAACCGUCACCUAUGAACCAAUGACAGACCUUACACCUGAACUGCUUUAAAUAGUGAAUUAAUGGGAAUUGAAGCAGAAUAAAAAGAAGAAAGGCAAAAUUAUUGUGAAGGGCAAUAAGAAAACAUAAAAAAUUACUCGAUAAUAAUAAAACAAUAUUGUGCAAUUAGAAGAGAUUCCUACUUAAAAUAAAAAGCCAAUACCGCAUAGAGAACGAAUUGUAGAAAAUGGAGUUGUCAAAGAGGCAAGAAAAAUCUCAGGAAAAAUAGAAUUCUAAAUCAUGUUAAAAGAGGAAUAAGAAUUAAGGUGGACCAAUCUAGAAGAAGUUAAAGCUAGAAUUCCUGUUGCCUUAUGUGACUACUUACUCUAAAGAAUAAAGUUUAGCGGAAAAUGA